AUGUUUCUAUUUGAACAAGAAAUAUCAAGAGCUAAUAGGAACUUCAUUUGUGUAAGUUUUGACCUUCAAAAACUGUUGAAUACUCCACAAGAGCAAAAUAUGAACUUAUAUUACAGCCGGAAGUAUUCUAUGUUUAAUCUAACCAUCUAUGAAUCGGGCUCACACAACGCAUUAGCAUAUUUAUGGGGUGAGACUACCGGAGCACGCAGUUGCAAUAAAAUUGUAACUUGUGUGUAUAAAUAUCUAUUGGACUUAGAUGAAAAAGGUAUUUAUAAAUCAGUUUAUUUUUUUUGCGACUCGUUUAGUGGACAAAAUAAAAACCGUGCUAUGUUAGCCAUGAUACAUUCUACACAUUUUGAAUUCAUUGAAGAAAUUAAAAUUACUUUUCUCCUACCUGGUCAUACCUAUAUGCCAGUGGACUCAAUUCACGCUACCAUUGAGCGUUUUGUAAAAAAUAAAACCGUUUGGGCACUGAGUGAGUGGUCCACUUUAAUUACAAAUGCAAGAAUUAAGCCAUUGCCUAUUGUUGUUAAAAAUCUACAAUAUUCGGAUUUUAUUGAUUGGAAAAAAUUAGCAGCUCAAUUUUUUACUCAGGUAUUGAAAACCACAGAUGAAGAAGUAGUCCACAUUACUAAAGUCAAGUCUUUCCUUUUCACAAAGCCUUUAGAUGGACUCCACGAAAUUCAUGUUUUUUUUACGUAUAAAUCCGAAGAAAAUCCUAAAAUUUUGAAGCUAAAGAAAAAUAAAAAAAAAUAUUGCAGAAUUAUCACAGUGCUAUGA